GAAAAGCGGCGCCACGGCGGACGGAUCAAAAGCGCGCAACCCCGCGCGGCUGCCUGUUCCCCCCGUCCCCGCUCCUCGACCGCUCCACCGCUCCGCUCCCGUCGCGGCCUGCCUGAAGAGGACGCCCACGCGCCGCGGCGCCGGCGACGAGAUAGGCAGGUGGCGGUUUUGUUUUGGCGGCCGGAGAUGAUGGACGAGGGGCCGGCCGAUCUGCGGGAGCUCGUGCGCCUGCCGGAUGUUCUGGUGGUAUGCUCAUCUAGAGGAUGGACAGAUGAAAAGCACAUGCUCUAUCUUCAAUUAUUGGAAGAAACAUUUGUGAGCCAAUUACAUGACAGUGAAUGCAGUUUCAAGGAACUGUUCAAUCUCUCUUCAAGAUAUUGUGGACGUGUGAAGUCAGCUAAGCAAAUCGUGGAAUAUGCCAAACCUGAUCAGGGAUGUUGUGGGAUAGUUGAUGCUGACAAAGUCAACUCCAGCGUGAAGGUUGAGCUUAUGGACUCACCUUCUUGUGGAAAUCAGCAAGAUGGAAAAGUCCAUUCUAUGGAUGAUAAUGCAUCAACCACAGAACCUGUAGAAGAAGCCAUUUCCCAAGCAAGUGCAACGAGCUCUGGACAAUGUUCCGCAUGCUAUGUUGGCAAGCACAGACAUUCCCCUUCUAGGAGUGCAGAUUUUUACAAGAGAACUACUCGUGCAUUUACUCAGAGGGGUCGGAUCAGAACUUUGAUGAGGAGACCAAAGGGAUUGGAGAAUCAAGAAGAGGAUGCAGCCAAAAGCGAUUGAAAUCUUACAAAGUUGUGAGGGAUGCAGGUGGUUCCAUCGGCGAUGGCAGAAUGCCAAAAAGUAGGAGGCCUUAUUGCAAGCAACAAACCUGAAGAUAAAUAUAAUGGCACAUCGAAGGUGGAUGCUGGAUCACUGGAUGCAGAAGCUAGAUCUCCUAUGUGCAAAAAUGAUGGAUCAAAAGGAUAACCUAACGUCCACAGAGUGUUCUCUGCAGCUAACAAACCAGAGUGUUCUCACCUAGUAGUAACUGUUAGAUUCACCAUGAGCUGUAGACCUGAGAGGAAAACUCAAGUUGGCAAGUUUGGAACAUAAACUAGUCUACCUUUCAUGCUGGUUUGGCAACUCAAAUAGUUUGUUAGAUAUACCACUUCUGUUUGAUUUAGAGAUGAUUUUGAAGGUUUUGUUGUAUUUCUGAGUGGCUAUGGUUCGAAAAUUUCUUGCCUGCCCUUGUAUUGUACUAUUAAUCAAUUAUCUAUGGUCUGUAAGCCAAAUUGAGUGUCAAGUAUUAUUUUACUGUCA